UCCAAAGUUCGUGGAAAGCCACGAAAGUUUGCGACUUUUCCCGAGUCGGUCAUUCCCAAGGGAGAGCGGACGACGCGCCAAGUUUUCGUGUGUAUCUCUCGUCUGCAAGUCUGUCAACCGUUUGAGGGGAAAACAUGAGUACCAGUGGAAAAGAUUUGGAUGGUCUUGGGACCUGGAACCCCAUGGAGGAAGACUUCAAGUCACCAACCUUCAACAGCUAUGACCGCGGGCCUGGUGCAAACUUCCCUAACGGGCUGUCCCCUGCCUCCAGGAGCAGUGGAGAUGGAGAGAGACCCCAGUCCGACAAAAUCACCCUGUAUGUAAGUGGCAUCCCACUGGAAAUGGAAGCGGAUGGGGUGAAGAACUUUUUCAGCCAAGUAGCUAUACCAUUGUCUGUCGACAUAAAGAAGCCUCAAGACUACUCCUAUGGCACUACAUAUGGUUUUGUGGAGAUGGCUUCAGUGCGUGAUGCCGAUGCUGUGAUGAGGGAGUUUGAUCAAAGAAAAUGCGGCAAGUUCACUCUGAAGAUCCGACCAGCCAGGCCCAAAGCUCCAAGAGAGGAGUCAUAUACACAGAGACGAGAGCCACUUCAAAAGGUUCAACUGUAUGCAACACAAGGGCAGUCCCAAAGUAGGAACUACAGCUCCUCUGACAGUGGGAAAGAGUCCCGACCCCAGCCGGCCAUACGGACGAUAGAGAAUCGUUACGGCAAGAGUUCGCCUUCGGCGCCAGACAGAGACCCCCAGGGGAGGCGCCGCAGCAGUGGCGGGGACUCCCCACCCCCUCUCGACGACAACAGGCCUCCCUCUCCUAUAAAACGUACCUCCAGUACCAGCAGCAUACCUGCAACACUAGACAUGUCUGGACAAGCUUCGUUUACCAACAAGUACAGCCAGUUCAGAGGCAGCAUGGCAGGACAGGACAGAAGUCCCCACCCCCAGCCUGCAGUACCUUAUGAUUCAGAUAGAGGGCGUUCUCCAAACAGAUUCACUGGGCAACAGGGUGUUGGAGGUGGAGUCAGGCGUAGCGUCUCCCAGAGCAACAUGCGCGACAGGCAGCCAAGUGGUGAGUUUAAUCGUGGAAGCUAUAACGAUCGAGGGUAUGGCCGAGACAGCCAGGUUUCGCCAUCACAGCGAGCAGUUGAAUUUGAACGAGGGGGCCAGCGUACGGGAGUUCGGACCAGUCCAAGUCUGUCUGAGAUGAGGGGAGGGGAUAGGACGGAAGCAAGUCCUACUCCGCAGGGAUCGUACACGAAUGGGAUGCAUGAAGACAUUAGAGACGCCACGCAGAUGGGUGCAUCAUCCAAGCCUAGUACACCACAGCCUACUGGUUCACCCCAGAAGACCACAGAACGUCCCUGUGUACUGUGUGGUCAGCUGGGGAAGUCCAAGUGCAGCACAUGCAAGACACCAUACUGCAGUAGGGACUGUCAGCGCAAACACUGGCCUGAACACAAGAACCACUGCAGGCCUGUAGGAAAGAGUGACGACGUUCCCACUGGGUUUGAGAACUUUGACGUCUCGGCCGGGGAAGACGUGAAAGAAAAGAUGGACACCCUGAUGGCCCUCUCAGGCAUACAGAUGCCUUCUGCAACUCCACCACAAGAGCACCGUGCACAACCCAGCCCCUCUCCACCGCAAGCUGCCCCUCCCCCUGAACUUGCAGUGGCCAACUUGGAACGGUCCCAACUACCCAAGGGAGAAACUGUCAAGGUGUCGGUGACUGAAGUAGUUAGUCCGGAGAACAUCUCUGUCCAGAUUAUACAUCAUGAGACCAUACUAGAGCUGUCCCAACUCAUGGUGAACAUGGCACAGACAUAUGAGGGGACAAAUAACGAGGGAACCAAUGCCUACCAUCCACAGGCAGGAGAGUUGUGUGCUGCCAAGUUCAGCGAUGGAGGAUGGUACAGGGCCAGUGUGGAUAGUGUUAACCCUGAUGGCACCUUGGCUGUGACGUAUGUGGACUUUGGAAACAGCGAAAGCAUCCCCGUGGCAAGGGUUCGGAAGUUGGAACCAAAAAUGGCAAAGCUGCCAUUACUGGCCGUGAAGUGCAGCCUGCUAGUGUUGGCAGGCAAGGGAGGGAGUACCUGGAACACAGAAGUGGUGAACUUCCUCAAAACUAACAUUGUCAACAAGGAGUGCUCUGUGACCAUGAAGGAGCAGCAAGAUGGUACGCCUUUGGUGGAAAUGGUGGAAACAGGCACAGGCAAGUCUGUGGCAGACAUGGUUUUGGAGUCGGGACUCUUUGUUCCUUGCCAGAAGCCACCACCACCCCCACAAGACCCUCAGGAAGACUUUGGGUUUCUCGUAACCCACAUUGACAGCCCCGCAUCCUUUUACGGCCAGGUUGGCCUUGGUGCAGACAUGAAGGAGGUGGCAGUUGACCUUGCGAAAAAGAUGGAGCUGAUUGCUGGACUUCCCGAAGCAAUUUCUCAGAACAAGCAGGAGCCAUACAUGCCUCAGGUGGGGGAGUUGUGCUGUGCACUGUGGGAGAUGGACGGCAUGUGGUACCGCGCAGAGGUCAUAGAGGUCGUGUCCAACAGCCAGCUGAAGGUGUUCUUUCUGGAUUAUGGCAACACCGAGACUGUGACCGAGGCUAACACCCGCCCGAUCCCAGAAAGUUUCACCCAGUGCCCUGCCCUGGCACUGCACUGCAAGUUAGCAGGUGUUUCACCUGUAAAUAGCGACAGGUGGUCGCAGCAGGCGACUAAAUGCUUCAAAGACCUAACCAAGGACAAGCUGCUCAUGGGAAUGCCCAUGGCCAGGGAGGGAGAUGUGCUAUCUGUAGAGCUGAAGGACUUUGCUACAGGUGCAAAGGUGUCAGAAGAGAUGGUACAAGCAGGUGCAGCUGUCAGCUCUGCCAGACCACCUGCACAAUCACCUGCAGCGACACCUGCAGCAAUGCCAGUGCAGCCAUCGUUAUUCACACCUGGUAAGCCAGCAGGUGACUCUAGCCGGUCGCCAUCCGAGCAGCUGCAGCGUAGGUCUCCCACUCCACCUGUACAGCUGUCAAGCUCCCCCUCUCCACAGUCACAUGAACUGCAGCCAAGACCCCAGAGCAGACCUAGCAGUGCAAAUAAGGGCCGUAUGAAGACGGUGACUCGUGUGCAGCCCCCCGUAUCAGGCAGGUUUGAUGUGCUGUUGAAGUGUGUGAAGUCUCCUGGACUCUUCUACUGCCAGCUGACUGAACCCUCAGGUGUGCAACAGCUGCAGGUGUUGUUGAAUGACAUUACUCACCACUGCCAAGCCCAGCCCAUGGACCCGGCAUACAUCCCAGACAUAGGGGAAAUCUGCUGUGUAAAUUCUCCUAAUGGUAGGACCUGGCUGAGGGCUCAGGUCCAGGAGCACCGUUUGUCCAACAAAGUCCAGAUUGAGUGUGUGGACAUCGGCAAGCAGGUCCAAGUGAGCCAGACCAGGCUGCGGCCGGCACUCCCCCAGCACACUGACCUGCCUCUGCAGGUCUUCAAGGCCAGUCUGGCCGGAGUGGUCCCCGUCCAUGGCGGGGAGUGGUCCAAGAACUCUGCAGAUUUCCUGUCCAAGUAUGUGGACAGUCAGAGACUCACAGCAGAAGUUGUAGCACAAGAAGGCGAUCUUUAUUUCCUACACUUGUGGGAUCGUACGAGUGGGCAGGAGGUCAGCCUGUCCCAGAUGCUGUCCGAGGAGGGACUGGCACACCUGGAGCCACUGACCCCCGAGGGGAGCCCCCCUCCCUCUCGUAAGCGCAAGCCGCCACCCAUCCAUCCCUCUCCAACACAGAACGGGCACAUCCGUACCCCAAGCCCGAUACAGGUCAUCCAGAAUGGUGGUGUAGAGAGAGCCAGCAGCCUCAAAGCUCCCCCUGCAGCAGCUGUUGGUACUGCAAGCGUGGAAAACAUCUUGCAGGAGAUGAAGGAGAUAAUGGCUCAACAGGCACAGGAGAUAUCAGAGCUUCGCAGGAUGGUGCAACAGCUGCUACAUGCACAAACAAGAUAAGCUGAACGUGUAUGGAGAUGUGACAAGACUGGUUGUCGGUUGGUAAGCAUCUUCCAACAGUUCAGAGAGUGACAUAUCAUGAAGAAGGUAACAGUGAAGAAAAGUAUGAUACAAAAAAGUUACAGUUUAGUGAAAGUUUUGUACCCAAAGUUCUUUUUAGUUCUUCUCUAUCUGUCUGUAUACUGAAAUUCGAAGUUAUGAUACAGGUAAGUUAGUUUAUUUGGGAUGGUAUCUCCCUUAUAUUAGGUCUACAAAUCUAAGUAUACAGUGACAGAUUACUUUUUGUAGAUUAGUUUCUUUUUUUUAAGUGUUUUGUUUAGGAUUAACGGUAAAGCCCCCUGAUAGUGAAAGCCCUGAUGACAUGGAACGUCCUGGUAGUGAAAUGUCUGGAAACCUUCCAGGUUCACAAUGGCAUGAUAAGGGCCAAUGAUCAGGGCAUUGUGGGUGAUACUGGUACAUGCCAAGGUUCCGUAGAUCAUGUUAUGUGUGUUGUAGAGAAGAUAUGUUGUUGAGAAAGGCACAGUGUCAAUCAAGGUAUCAAAGUAUGUGGAAAGUAUAACAGUGCAUAUACUAGUAUGUGAAAAGUUUUGUCAUAUUUUUUUUUUGUUAAACGCAAAAGACUUUAUAUUUGAUAACGCAUGAUGAGUGAUGCCAAACUCUGCCAAAAGCUCAGGACAAAAGAUUGAAACCUUUAGUUUUAAGUAUAUUUUUGUAUUUCAACAUAUAUAUAAGGUUAGACAUCAGGAGAUGAUGUUGUAAGGACUUUCUGUUGCCCAAAGACUUUUUUGUACUCAGGAAAUAAGUGUUGUUAUUGAUAUGAGAAAAAGCAUCUUGGACCCAUCGCAUCUCUUAAGGGUUCUAAAUUCUGAAAAAGGUGAAGGUAUCGCAUACUGGAAGGAUAAUAGAUGAUGAUGAUGAUGAUGGUGUUGUGAUAUGUGCUGAAUGUUGACAAGCUAUCAGAUACUACAAGGAUAGUUGAUGAUAGAAAAGGUAUUGUGAUAAUGACUUCCUAUGCCAAGUUGCAAGAAGAUUUUGGACAGGACUGUCUGUGAUUGAUGAUAAAGGUGAAGGUAUUGUGAUAAUGAUGCUCUCUACUGAAUUGCCAGAAGGUUGGACAGUCUUAUCGAAUACAACAAGAAUAGUUGAUGAUGGUGAAGGUAUAACGACUUUCUUGGCUCAGUUGUGAAAAAGAUAUUGGACAGUUCUGUCUUUUUCUGUACUUGAGGGUAGUUGAUAAAGGUAAAGGUGAUAAUGACGUUCUUCGCUGAAUUGUGGCUGAUAAGCUAAAGAGUCAUUAUGGACAGUGCCAUACACUAGCUUGAUUAAACAUAUGAUAACCUUGCAUGCAUUAAUUUAAAAAAAAAAGGUUGCAACCAUGUUGUAAAAGAUGCUGAUAACGAGCAAAAUACAUGCCAUGUAUUGCACACAAAAAAUUAGAAUUAUUUGAAAACAUAAACUAUCUUACAAAGCCAAAGUCUUUUCCAAAGUCGAAUAAGAAUUUCAAAAGACAAAACU